UAUCAAGAUAUUUGCUCGACAUAUGCCUUAGAGACCUCUGCAAAGGCAUUCACUGAUACUAAGUAUACACCUAAACAUGCACAAAUAUAUACACUAUAACUCAUUCGAUUAGCCAUCCAAAAAACUCAUUAAUUAAGACAAAUUAAUCAGGCGGAUGCCCUGUUUAGUCUUUCUUUACAUCGUCACAUUUAACUUUUUCGUUUAAAGACUUCUUUAAAAUUACAAUGUCUCCAAAAACUAAAUAUAAAUUUUGUCACAAAAUAUUACUCAAAUUUAGCACAUCCAAAAUGUAUGUUUAAUGGUAAAAAUUAUAAUUACAUAGCAAAAAUACCAUCAUUGAUAUUUUCAACAAUGGUGUGCACAAUUAUGCUGACUGAGUUAUGUAAUUAUACAAUAUAAUAUUUUAAUUUGAGAAAAAUAAAUUAUAAAUAAAUAUAAAAUUUUAGUAUAUCAACGAGGAUUGGAUUAACCUUGAUAUUACACUUUUUUUGUUCCUACCAAUGUCUAGUGUUGGAAAAAUUAACCACAUGGAGUUAAACAAAUAUUCUUUUCGGUUUCUAACUGAUAAAAAAACAGAACCUGCUGAUUUGAAUUUUGAAUUAGUUUUUUAAGACUAGAGUUGUUUAUACAAUAGUCAGCAACACCGAAGAAAGUUAAACAAAAUAUAUUCAGAAGUAUAAACAAAAUAUAACUUAUGUUACAAAAUAGGCACAACCAAAUUGCAUUAUUCGAUGAUACGCGCGCAUUGGACUACAAACUAAAUAUUACAAAUAUGAGUAAAUUCCAGAUUUUUACCUCAUAAUUUUAAAUAUUUUGCACUAACUACCCUAUUAAUGAGUUUUCAUCCAGAUUAUCCUAUUUAGAGAAAAUUUAGCCAGUUUUUAGCCUGUUUCAAGUUUUUUAGGUUGCAAAUAGUUCUUCUAGAAGUUCUUUUGCUGAAAAAACACACUGUGGAACUAUGUCUAGUUAUGACGCAACACCUCAAGGAAAUCUAGUGAAGAAGAUUUGCUUCUAGAGACUGUGAGAUAAUAGCCAUAGUGAUCAACAUGUACGUGAAACUUAGUGAGUAGAUUGUAACAAAUUAUGAGAUAAAACACCGUGGAACUACGCCAUGCAGAUCUGCCACCGCGACCUCAAGCUCGAGAACACUCUCCUCGACGGCAGCUCCGCGCCACGCCUCAAGAUCUGCGACUUCGGAUACUCAAAGCAUCUUCGUCGCCGACCCGCGCAAGCGCAUCACCAUGGCCGAGAUCAAGGCGCACCCCUGGUUUCUCAAGAACUUGCCGCGAGAGCUCAAGGAGGAGGCGCGACAGGCCUACUACAACCGUCGGCACGUCGACGUCGCUCCCUCCUCCAACGACAGCGCCGCCGGUGUCGGCGCGAGCGCGACGGCCUCCUCCAAUGGUGCCGCGGCGAUGCCCGCGCCCGCGCCGGCCUACUCGGCGCAGAGCGUGGAGGAGAUCAUGAUGAUCGUGCAGGAGGCACAGACGGUGCCCAAGCCUGACAAGCCGGUGUCUGGGUACGGCUAGGGCACGGGCGACGGCGAGGCCUCCGACGAGGAGGACGGCAACCAGGAGGGGGAGGAGGAGGAGUACCGCGAGGACGAGUAUGACCGGGCAGUGCGGGAGGUGCACACCAGUGGGGACUUCGGCAUGAGCAAGCUCCAAAUCUGACGUCAAUCUCUUUUCACCACAUGGCGCCGCCGGCCAUGGCUCGUCCACGUCGUUUCUAGUCCAAUCUGGUUAAUUAUUUGUUAUAAGAUUGAAUUUUUCUUUUUGUCAAUUGUAACAAAUUACCUAAUUAACAUCAAGUUUUUUGUCCAUAU